AUGGCGAUGGGGAAUCAUUCUGCUGUGACUGAAUUCUUUCUGGUGGGGCUUUCACAAUACCCUGAGCUCCAGCUUUCUCUGUUCAUACUCUGCCUCAUCAUGUACCUGAUAAUCCUUCUGGGAAACAGCUUCCUCAUUAUCAUCAGCAUCUUAGAUUCCAGACUCCACACCCCUAUGUACUUUUUCCUUGGGAACCUCUCAUUCUUGGACAUCUGUUAUACAUCAUCAUUCAUUCCUUCAAUGCUCAUCACAUUUAGAUCUGAGAGAAAAUCCAUCUCUUUCAUUGGCUGUGCACUACAAAUGGUUAUCUCACUUUCUCUAGGCUGCACAGAAUGUGUCCUUCUUGCUAUGAUGGCCUAUGACAGGUACGUGGCCAUCUGCAACCCACUGAGAUAUGCCAUCAUCAUGAACAGGAUUCUCUGUGGGCACAUGGCCACCUGGUCCUGGAUCAUAGGCUCUCUAAUUGCCCUAGUGCAAACAACCAUGACAAUGGUGUUGCCUUUCUGUGGAAAUAAUGUCAUUGACCAUCUCACCUGUGAGAUCCUGGCUCUCCUUAAACUUGUCUGCUCAGAUAUCACCAUCAAUGUGCUCAUUAUGACAGUGGGAGGUAUUGUUGUAUUGGUGCUUCCCCUGCUGUUAAUUUUCAUCUCUUAUGUUUUUAUUCUCUCCUCCAUACUGAGAAUUAAUUCAGCUGAGGGCAGAAAGAAGGCCUUUUCUACCUGUUCGGCUCACCUGACUGUGGUCAUCUUAUUCUAUGGGUCAGCCCUUUUUAUGUACAUGAAACCCAAGUCAAAAGAAACAAAGACCUCUGAUGAGAUCAUUGUGUUGUCUUAUGGAGUGGUGACCCCAAUGUUGAACCCCAUCAUCUACAGCCUGAGGAAUAAGGAGGUAAAAGAGGCUGUGAAGAAAGUCCUGAGCAAGCACCUAUAUCUCUGGAAAAGCUGAGAAGCCUUGAGACCUGUGUCAUCUUCACUGAAGGACAAUGUCAAGUCCUCCAUGUUCAAGGUCAUAGUCAUGGUACCCAGUGUCAAGGGAAUAAGUGAUUCUAAAAUCAAAUAUGGGAUCCAAUUCCCUUCGAUAUAG